AUGCAUAGACUUUAUAAUUUUUUAUGUUAUUUACUUCUUUCCACCUUAUUUGUACCGAUAAUCACAUCUACAUUCAUUUACCGGUCAUGCCACGAUCCUCGUUUUUUUUUCGAUCCAUAUUCUACCACCAUUGAUCACUUUGAAAAACGCAACUAUGAACAUGAAUGUUGUGUGCCUUGUAAUUGUGCAAACGAUUAUUGCAAUCACAAUUGUGAAUCUUCUAGAGGAUACGAUGAAUGUGGGAAUUUCCAAGAUUGUGAUGAUUUGAACUUUGUUAUUUGUGAACCUUACGAAGAUAUAGAAGCUGGAAGUAUAAGAAUGUCACGUCCUGAUAGAAACCAUCAAUCCUUUUGUCCUCCAACCACACCAAUAU